AUAUUCAAUUGUAAAAUUAAUUAAUUCUUAUUCAUUAAUUAAGAAAACAUUAAAUAAGGAUAAUACUCGUGAAAUCUACAAUAGACCCAAAGUAGAUAAGAUUCUAGUCUAAUUUUUUACUACAACACAAAUAGAAACCUCACGCAACUAGUGUCAAUUGAAUAAAAAAAAUCAUUAGUUAACCAAUUAUUUGCUGAAUAUUCAACUAAAUAUGCCAGAGAAUGUUAUGACACACUCAAUUUCACCAAAACCUAUUAUCACAAUGACUUUACAAACAGACAUUAAUGUUUGUUUUUUCCACACAUAUUUUGAAACAAUCAACAUAUGCUAGAAGUAAGAAUAAUCAAACAAAUAGCAAUAAAAAAAAGGUAACUUGUUUUGACUAGUUUCAUGGACUCAAAAGAAGAAAAAUAUCCUUCCGCAAACACUUAUUUUCUCUCCUUCUUGCAACUUCUCUACGUAGCAUGGAAAUGAAGAACAUUUGUUACUUUGUGCUACUCUUUUUAUGCUUCAGUCUCAGCAGUAAUCUCUGUAUCGGAAGGGACACCAUUUCUGCCAAAGAAUCUCUUUCAUUCGGUGAAACUCUAGUCUCUUCAGGUGAGAAAUUUGAGCUUGGUUUCGUCAGACCAGGUACCUCUCUUAAAUAUUAUCUAGGCAUAUGGUACAAGAACGUUAUUUUAUGGCAAACCAUAGUUUGGGUAGCAAAUAGGGAUAAACCACUUGAUUAUGGUACUGCUGAGUUGAUAAUUAGUCAAGGAAACCUUGUGCUUCUUGAUAAAUUUCAAGGCAUAGUGUGGUCAGCACUUGCUGAAAACAAUAUCAAUCCAAGUAUUUCAGUUACUGCACUUCUUCGUGAUGAUGGAAAUUUGAUUUUGAGUGAUGUCUCAAAUUCAUCAACACCCUUACUACUUUGGCAAAGUUUUGAUAACCCAACACACUCUUUUUUGCCUGGUGCUAAGAUUGGAUAUGAUAAACGGACACAAAGAAAACAGGUUUUGGUUUCAUGGAAGAAUUCGAGUGAUCCAGCACCGGGAUUAUAUUCUCUGGAAAUAGACCCAAAAAAUGCUCAAUAUGUUAUAAAAUGGAAUAGGACUAGAGAGUAUUGGGCAAGUGGAUCAUGGGAUGGCCAAAGAUUCAGCUCAUUGCCUGAGAUGAGGUUAAACUAUAUGUAUAAUUUCAGCUAUAUAGACAAUGAGAAUGAGUCAUAUUUUACAUAUUCCCUUUACGAUAAUUCAAUCAUAUCAAGGUUGAUCAUGGAUGACUCGGGACAAAUUCAGCAACAAACAUGGUUGCCCGAUGAUGGUGGCUUUGGAUGGAAUCUAUUCUGGUCUCAACCAAGACAAUUUUGUGAGGUUUAUGCUAAAUGUGGGGCAUUUGGAGUUUGUGAUGAAGCUAAUGCAACCUGCAAUUGUUUGAAUGGUUUCAAACCAAGAUCAGAUACAGAAUGGAAUUCAAAGGAUUAUUCCAGUGGCUGUGUAAGAGACCAAAAGGUGCAGUGUAAUGCAAUUACUGAAGACAAAGAUAGUUUAUGGAUAAAUUCAACUAUAAGAGUACCUGCUUCUCAAGAUACUAAUAUCACAGUUGGGGAAGCCUCACAGUGUAGAUCUGCAUGUUUCAACAAUUUCUCUUGCACUGCUUAUACUUAUGAUGGUUCUGCUACCUGUUCUAUCUGGACAGAGGGUCUGUUCAAUCUGCAUCAACUCAGCACAACUGAAUCAGAAAGGACUAUAUUUGUCAAACGUUGCUCACCUGAAGCUCAAACUAAAACUAAGAAAUCGAAGAAGCUAAAAGCAAUCCUUUCGUCAAUAUCAGCUUUGAUGUUUCUACUCAUAAGCAGCAGCAUUAGCUACAUUUACUAUAGAAGAAGAAUGGCAAUAAAAGCAGAUAGAAGUAAAGGUACUCAAGGGGCACAUAAAUCUCAGCGGCACAAAGCUGAAGGAGAAGCAAAAGUAUUGAUGAAUGAAAACACUGAUGAAGCGAUUGAUGUUCCUUACUUUCACUUGGAGACCAUUUUGGCUGCUACUGACAACUUCUCAACUGCAAAUAAGCUCGGACAAGGAGGGUUUGGUCCAGUUUACAAGGGUAUCUUUCCAGGUGAAAAAGAAAUUGCAGUGAAAACAUUAUCCAGUCAAUCAGGACAAGGCAUAGAUGAAUUUAAGAAUGAAGUGACUCUAAUUGCAAAGCUUCAACAUCGAAAUCUGGUGAGGCUAUUGGGCUAUUGCAUCAAUGCAACGAAACAAAUAUUACUUUAUGAAUAUAUGCCGAAUAAAAGUUUAGAUACAUUCCUAUUUGAUGGAACACUUUGUCAAUUAUUGGAUUGGAAGAGACGUUAUGACAUCAUAUUGGGCAUUGCACGGGGUCUAUCUUAUCUUCACCACGAUUCAAGACUAAGGAUCAUUCAUAGAGAUUUAAAAACCAGUAACAUUUUAUUAGAUGAGGAGAUGAACCCGAAGAUUUCAGAUUUUGGCUUGGCAAGAAUUGUUGAAGGAAAAGUAACAGAAGCAAAUACAAAGAAAGUAGUGGGGACCUACGGCUAUAUGUCUCCUGAAUAUGCACUGGAUGGACUUUUUUCCAUCAAAUCAGACGUAUUCAGUUUUGGAGUAGUCAUGCUUGAGAUAAUCAGUGGAAGAAGGAAUACAGGAUUUUAUCAGUCGGAAGAAGCCUUAAACUUGUUGGGUUAUGCAUGGAAACUAUGGACAGAAAAAUCCGAGACACAAUUAAUAGAGAAGUCAUUACUUGAAUCAUGCAACAGAAGUGAAGCACUAAAGUGCAUCUAUAUUGCGCUUCUGUGUGUACAAGAAGAUCCAAAUCAUCGUCCUACUAUGUCAGAUGUCAUUUUAAUGCUGGGAGGGGAAGGUAGUAACCUUCCAACACCUAAUAGACCAGCUUUUGUAAUAAGGACACAUGCUUCUAGCACAUCUUCUUCUUCCUCCGAUGAAAAAUUCAUUGCAUCCAACAAUCAGGUGACGAUUACAGUUGAAGAAGGACGUUAGCAGGAGCAUUUAAUUUGUAUGAGAAGGGGUAAGGGUGUCGAGGGAUAAUUGUGUAUCAGUACUUGGUCAAAUGUCGUCGUCUCUAUAAUAGUUGGGGACCAAAUUAAAGGUGGAAAUGUUGGGAAUACUCUCAAGUGUUUGUACUGAAAUAUGGAGUAUAUACUUUUUUUUGUUUACAAGUAGUAGGGCUUAGCAAUCAAAAGAAGAAUAAUUCGAUUAUUCCUGAUUCCUUCAAAUGUAACUUGUCUUUCUUAUACAAUAUGUUAUUAUCCCAAACCACCUCCCAUAAAAGAAACUUUGGGUUAGUUCAUGAAA